GCGGAGCACACCGGCAUGUUUCAACGAAGAUAAAAUCUGUAGAUCGUAAUGAUAAUCAUCGACAUGUCUCAAGGAAAGCCGGCGCCCGCUGCCACGGUUGCAUGCCCAUGCAUGUCUCUGAACCUCCUCCCAUGGAGCAAUCCGUGCACACCACCGUCGCCCGCCGCCACCGAGAAAUUGCCGCACGGCAUGAAAGCACGCGCCGGGAAACGGACUCGGUCGCUGGGGCCCUUGCUUCGGGGCUGGCGGCGCUGCGCUCGUUGUGGGCGUCGUCGCCGUCACCGUCGUUGCGCACUGAGCACGAGAUAGUUGUUACUUGGUACGCUUGGAUACUACUAAGCCCUCCCUUCCCCCCACGCAAGUUCCAGAUCAAUAUCAAUAGCGUUGUGUUGUAUAUGUAUGUAUGUAUCAUGCCACGCCUAGCGUUUGUACAGCACAGAAAACAGGGUAUCCCACCCGCCGCCGCAGCAGCAAAAAAGAAAAAGAAUAAAUGAAUAAACAGAAAAAGAAGAACUGAACCCAAAAAAAGAGUCCGCGCCAUAUGG